GCGAUAACGUGGCAAAAAGGCAAAAUGUCAUCGGCAGUCCCCAGGCCCGCCAACAAACUCCUGACUCUAGUAUUCCUGCUGAGGACUCAGCCGACGCCGCAGGUGCUGCUGGGCUACAAGAAGAGAGGCUUCGCGCAUGGCCGCUGGAACGGGUUCGGGGGAAAAGUGGAGCCGAACGAGACCAUCAGGGAAGCCGCUGUUAGGGAGAUGAAAGAGGAGUCAGGGUUGUUGGUGUCCAAUCUAGACGAGAUGGGGGUUCUGCUGUUUGAAUUUGUCGAUGACCCUCAGAUCUGGGAGGUCCACAUUUUCCGGACAACCCAUUUUUCUGGCGAGAUGACUGAAACAGAAGAGAUGAGGCCUCAGUGGUUUGAUCAGUGUGCGGUGCCGUUUGACCAGAUGUGGCCUGACGACAAGCUCUGGUACCCGUUCGUCUUCAACAACAAAUACUUUGAUGGUUACUUCAAGUUUGAAGGACUGAGCACCAUACUGGAGCAGAGGCUCAUGGAGAGGGAGGGCCCGUGUCAAAGUAACGCUCUCGAAUGA